UCGUAAUCCAUAUUUUGCAUUAUUCAAUGUGCGGAUAGUCACUUGCAUGGAGAUCACAAGUAGUCAUACGGCCGAAUCACUCUAGGAGCCAUGUCUACCUCUCCCACGCAGCGACAACCCCGCAGGCGUCGAAGGCCGGCUUUGUCGUGCCUCGAAUGCCGCCGCCGCAAGAUUAAGUGCAACCGAAAUGAACCUUGCGCACACUGUAUCUCUUCUAAGUUACAAUGCACUUAUAAAGUUUACAGCGAUGACUCUGUUGCUAGCCCGCUGCCUCGACAGGACUAUUCCCGGGGUUCGACGUCUAGCAAGACAGCUAAUGCGCCUUCUCCUUUAACUCAGACUCGGCAGUUCAACGACAGUGGACCAAUCACAGAACGCGAUACAUACCCACCCAGGCUUCAGAUAACAGAAGAGCCAUUGCCAUCGUUAGGAGAACCACUGAGGAGAUCGGGACAUAAUAACAAUCCCCCUAUUCUUGGUCGCAUUGACCUCCAAUCACCCAAUUCCGCUCAAGAUGUAGAACCAGGUCUCAUAGAAGUUAUGAAACGGGGAAUAGGACUCGACAAAUCAGCAGCAUCGAGUCCCAUGAAUGGCCUAACUGAAUCUAGUCGAGACAUCCUCGCACGGCAGCUAGGGCUGCGGGACUCACAGAUCGUACUGAACAAAACGAGAAUGUUGGGAUGGAGCCUUCGGAUAGGCACAGCUCAAGAGUUCGCGCCCAUCGUUGGCUGCUACAUUGGAGCCGCAAAUAGUAGAAAGGAGACUCCAUCCCAAGACAAUGAGCUUGGAAUAUUGUAUGCCCAGAUAUGGGACCUCCUACAGAAAUGCAAAACUAUGGCACGCUGUACCAAACUAGGGCGGCCCAGUAGAAGGCUCUCUCGUCCUGAGUUUGACUUAGAGCCCCCAUCCCGUGAAAUAGCGGAUAGGAUGGUAGCUAUAUACUUCAAAUCAUUCGAGUCAACAUACCGGAUACUUCAUGAGCCUACAUUCAUGUCUGAAUACCAGAGAUAUUGGGACCAACCGGAAAGUGUCACGACGGAUCUGCGUCUUAAGGUCCUUCUCGUCAUUGGGAUAGGAUCAAGCUUAUCCGAGCAUAUAGAGAGCGAUGCCGGGUUUCGAAAUACUAUCAAUCACUAUGUUUAUGCUGCGCAAACAUGGCUCGCUGGACCUUUGGAGAAAGACCGCUUAGAUGUUACUGGAGUACAGAUCUAUUGUCUUACCAUCUUAGCACGGCAGAUCUUCUCAAUUGGCGGCGAUCUUGUAUGGGUUUCCGUGGGAUCACUUAUCCACAUAGCUAUGCAAAUAGGGUUACAUCGUGAUCCCAAGCAUUUCCCGACAAUGCCUCUGUUGCAAGCCGAAAUCCGUAGGAGAUUAUGGGCUACUAUAGUUGAAAUGCUUGUUCAGUCAUCUUUGGACACAGCGAUGCCAACAAGGAUAUCCUUUGAUGAUUUUGACACCGAGGCUCCAUCCAAUGUGAACGAUGAUGAGAUGGACGGAUCGACCACAACUCUCCAGCCUCAUUCUAGAAGUACUUUUACCACGAAUUCUAUCCAGCUCAUUCUACUCGACUUGCUACCAACUCGUCUUCGGAUCCUCCAUCUUCUGAACGACCUGCACACCGAACUCUCUUAUUUAGACGCCCUGGCAUUGAGCUCAGAGAUCACGGAUCAAUAUCGGAAAUGUAACGCUUUCAUGAGGGAGAACGAACAAUCCGGUGCAACACCCUUUCAUCGAAACCUGCUUGAUUACCUAAUACGUCGAUUCUUAAUCCCUUUACACUGUCCGUUCGCUGGUGAGGCACGGGUAAAUCCGCUGUUCUACUACUCGCUCAAGGUUAGCCUAGAUUCAGCUCUAUCCAUCAUCUCGCCCGAACCAGAUGAAGGAUUCUCCCGUCUCAUGGCCAUUGGAGGGGGCAUGUUCAGGGAAGGGAUAAGAUUUUGCUUAACCGUCAUCACACGCGAACUCAUCGCUCAAGUGGAGGCACAGCGCGUCGACGGGACCCUAUAUCGCAACCCCCAGUAUAUACAGCUUCUCAAACAAGCUGUAAAGAACAUGGUUGAAUUGGCCAUAGAGAGAGUCCGACGAGGCGAGACGAAUGUCAAGGGCCCCAUGUUCUUAAGCAUGAUUAUGGCCCAGGCCGAAGCCAUAGAAGAGGGUACUUCGUGCGAUCUCAAAGUUGCGCAAAGUGCUAAGAACAGCCUUGAUCUGUGUUAUGACAUAUUGCGAACACGAUCUGGCACUGUCUCUUCGCCAGGUCCCAAUACGGGACUUACGCCGAUCAGUCUAAGUGGCGGGCAGGGAGAUUAUGAGCUAGACUUGAACUUAGACCUCGAUUUUUUCUUCUCGAGCGCAGCUGGAUUUUCUCAGUUUACCGACACACAGUGUUAAGGUAUAUGAGUUUGAUGAUGUACUAGAGCAGAAAGGUUUGCCGUCCUUAAAUCACUUUUGUUAUGUCCGCGGCCGUUAGGGGGGCGCGCUCACGGGCAUCUACCCUAACCGACCCACUUAAAUCGGCCGAGACGGGGUCAAGGACGGGUUACACACAUUCCGGAGAUAAACGGUCGUCGCUUCCAUCACC